AUGGCGACGGUGGUGAUCUGCUCUUGGGGAGAUCGUAUGCUUAAGAUCACUGUAGAUGAUGAUGAUAACACGAGAGAGGCAAUCGAUCGGAUUCAUCCCCAGACCAGACUCAGACCAGGCAAGAAGCCAAAGCAAAGCACAGCCCACGAGAGAUCAGACCACACCCAGCGUAAGAAAGUAGGACAUGCAUUAGCCCAGCAGCAAUCAACCCCAAGUAGAAACGCCGGCGCUGACGAUCCCGGACCCGACGAUCUGGCACUGGGCAUGAACAAAUGCAAUGUAACAACAUCGGGGACUGGAUUGCGUGGCGUGGAUGGGCAGACAGGCAAGAUGGCUGUGUUUGAGGGCGCAGAACUUGAGCGUUGCCUUUGCCUCACCUUACCUUGCAGUAGGUUGAUCCGUGCUGUUGGGUCUUUUUGUCUGGUUUGGUCUGUGGGGGUCUAG